GGCUGCAGUCCGAUACAGUGUCUUCCGGAAGGCCGUAGUGCCGGAAGACCUGCUGGAGUGGCGCCUCGACGACUUGUACAGCAAAGGGAAAACCGGGAAAGGGAAUGGGUCGGAUCACAGAAUGACUGUGUUGCCGUCUGACCGAGGGAGGUCUGUGAGGAAGUCAAUGGUGAUCUGAGUCCAAAGCCGCUGAGCCACUGGCAGAGAGUGCCGCUUACCUGUACCAGUACUUAUCCUUUGGGGUAAACGGGCCGACCUUGGAUACGUAGAUUUUCCUUGUGGGGCAGCCAGCAAAGAACAAGGUCUGGUGAGGGUUGAGGCAUUUCCCUUCCCGGGUGUACUUCAAGUUCCUGUGGUCUGUCAGCCUUGUGAAGGGCUCUUUAGUACCUUUCAGUACCCUCGAGCUAGUGUCGCCCAACCAGGAUGUAAUCUAUAAAGACGAUCACAUGUCGCCCAACCAUGUCCCGAAAUACCCCGUCUAAUAAAACAUUGGUUGAAGUAAAGUACAAGUACUUUAAGGAAAAAGUACAGUUCAUGACAGAUGGCUAUGCUCCAUUCCUCUCACUGUCCUCCCGGGAGACACUGUUCCACAGGUCCAGCGAUGACACCGACUUGCCCGGACCAGGGCAGUAUAACAGCUACCAAGGCAAGGGUCACAUUGUGGGAGGACAAAGUCUCCGGAAUCGUUCAAAGCGGUUCGAUGAGAUGGUGUCGGAGGUCCCGGGGCCUGGAACGUACAACAUCCGACCAGCUGGCGACACUCCUGGCAGUGCUGAGGUCCAGCCUCCGGGGAAGAGAGGCACAAAACUGGGACUUCACAGAGGGCAUACACACCUGAAGUUCCUGCCGCAGCCAGACAUCCCAUCAAUCCCUUCCCCAGGACAGGCCUUUGGCUAUGAAGAUAACGGACAGGGGUUUCUCUGCAAGAAAAAGCCAGACGAAAAGGAUGACUCAUUAGGACCUGCUUUUUACAACCCGCUAUUGGCAAAAUCCAGCGCCUGUCAGAAGUACAAAGGCGUCCAUUUUGGAAAGAUGACUGGGAAGCGAGUAGAGCUGAAGGUGGUUGAGGGUCCUGGACCAGGCCAGUAUGACCACGAUGCGUAUUUCAAGGCUGUGUACGAGAAUGUCAAUAUGAGGAAUGGGCAGGGGAGUCGGUCAGAGCUGGUUGUCCCGCGCUACCAUGAGAUUGUCCCCUUGCAAGAGAAGAAGAAGGGAGUGCCUGGUCCUGGCCAGUACCACAUCAGGAGCCAGUUUGAGAAGCCGAUCAACCCGUACGGGAGUCUAGUGCUAAGCCCUCCAUUCCUCUCUCAGACAGAGCGGUUCGUUGCUGUAAAGGAGCAGGCCCCUCCAGUAGGCAUAUACAACGAUCCGCGCUGUGCCCUGGAGAUCCUCAAGAAGACCACAGGAAUGAAGAGAAGCCCGUUUGGCCUGACCGCCGUGCGAUUCUUCCCUGACAGCCACAAACAGUGCACUCCAGGUCCCGGUGCCUACAACAUGUUUGAGUAUGGCCUGGCGCAGGACAGCGUGAAAAAGGCUCACCUGGAGAGCACCAGGAAGGCUGGCUUCGGCUCGACUGUCCAGCGCUGUCUGGCGCUCCACAGUAAGGAGGAGGUGAAUGUCCCCGGGCCCGGGCAGUACAAGGUAGAGGAGACGACGGAGCAGCUGUACAAGAAGCAGCCAACGGCUGCGUUUAAGUCUGGCAUCGGACGACUCGCCGUGUCCCUGGUGGCCAAAGACAGCCCUGCUCCCAACAUCUAUAACGUGCGGGACUCCUUUGAGAAGGCUUACGGCCGUGCCUCCUUCACAGAACCCAGGAGCGAGAGUGCCAGGAAACGCCAGAGCUCCUUCCUGAGCGCCUCACAAAGAGACUCUCCUUUCCUGCCCUGCGAUCCGGACGCCCCAGGACCGGGUCAGUAUAGUCCUGACGUAAAGUCCAAUCCCCAGAUGGCUCUGAUUGUGUCCAGGGAGGAUCGCUUCAAAUGUUCCAAGAACACCAACCCUGGUCCUGGCACCUAUGAGCUCAGUCAGGCGUUGAUGGACACAGUUCUGAAGGGAACGUUCAACGUAACCCUCAACAUUCCGCGGAGGGACCGCGCCCCAACCCAUCGCCCAUCAAGCCCUGUGCCGCCCCCGCUUGCCAUCAACAUUCCAAUGCCUGGAGGAGAAUGUGAGGUUAGGGGCAGCAUUCAGGAGGAGACCGUGAACUAAUCUGAUGUUUCGGCAUUGGCUAAAAUCAUAAACUAAAUAGAUGCUCCAGGAAUAAAGCUGUUUCUUUUGCAUUA